CCCGGCUUCGCGCUCCGCGCGGCCCCCUGGGCACCUGGCGCAGUGGGGCAGCCCGGGACGGCUCCUCCCGGAGCGUGGGGCCGAAGGAGGGGGCGCGGUCCCAGUGCGCCCGCCCCUUGUGGGAUCACCUGCGCUCGAACCCGGCUAGCGGGCUGCACUGGUGGACUGGGUUGGGAUUGGGACGCGGAGCGCGCUGUAGUCAGUCCGCGCCCAGAACUCCGGAGUGCGGAGCCGGGAGUGCCUGCGGCGGACGCGGGGCAGCGAUGGCGCCCCGGGCUGGGAGCCUGUGAGCGGGACCCGAGGCUGGACUAGACUGGGAAACAGAGGCACAGCGGCUUGUCACAGGUACCACAGAAAACCGAGGAGUGGAGAUGGAGGCUGACUUCUGAGGAGCAUCGUCCCUUCCUAAGAGACAAGACCAAGAUGACCACUGUGGCUCCAUUGGGAGGUGCCACCUUCCCAGGAAAUGAGACCGCCAUGUCCACAGAAGACUUCCUCUAUAAGAGCUCGGGAGCCAUCGUGGCGGCUGUUGUGGUUGGUGUCAUCGUCAUCUUCACGGUGGUGCUCAUUCUGCUGAAAGUGUACAACAGAAAAAUGAGAAUGAGACGAGAAUUGGAACCCAAGAGCCCGAAGCCCACCUCCCCAUCAUCUACCGUGGGCCAGACCAGCAACAACGGCGGCAGCCAGCCCACCACCGUCACAUUCAUUCCCGUCGACAUCCACAUGGAGAAUCGAUGACCAGAAGGUCUCUCGUGGGUCCUCGGCCAGACCUCCUGCUCCAGACAGAUGGGCCCUAGCUGAUAAGAAAGAAAAUGAAGAGCCAGUUUCCUGGCCGUUUGUGCCAAGCUGACGAUGGCAUUUCUGAAUGGAACUGGAGCUGGGGACAAGCCAUAACAAUCUCUUUUCCCCCCAGUUAAAAACCUCAGUAACUCUUGUGGCUCCCUUAACUUUGACACAGUGGCAAACUGUCCAGUAUGUAUUAACAUUGCUGUUUCCCUUCUUCCCUCUCUGUGGAUGGUUGGACUCUUAGAAAGCUGGAGGCGGAAGAGAUUUUAGAAUAUAGAGCGAUAGCACAUAGCGUGUCUGAUCCCUCUUCAUAGACUAUAGACCAUCACAGCUGAAAGAAGCCUUUGAAAAUAGAAUGUGCAAUCUGGAAGAAUCCUUAGAACCCAGAAUGGCAGAAGCGCGGCAGGGACAGGACCUUAGAACACAGCCUCAGAGCUGGAAGAGACCUUAGAAUGGAGAAUUUUAAAACUCAAUGACAGAGCUGGAUGGGACCAUCUAAAUCAACCCUCCCAUUUUAUAGAUGAGGGUCACAGGAUCGUAGAACUAGAGCUGAGAGGGACUUCAGCAGCAUCCAUUCCAUCUUCUUCUUUUUAGAGAUGAGGAAACUGAGGUAGAGGGCGGUAAAAUGACUUGUCUCAUAGGAAAAUGAGAUCCUGAGAUGGACACAUAAUGCCUUUUGAGUUUCUGGUUGAUCCAGGACCAGAAUAACUAAAUUAUUUUAAAUUUUAAAUAGCUACACAAUAAUGGGAGCCCCCCGAAGGGAUAUCUAGUCCGUAAAUGAAAUCAUUUUCCUGGAAACUUUGUGAUCAGGGAGCAUGCUAAUUAAAUAAUAAAAUAUACUACCUGCUUCCCAGAUAAAUUAUGGCAGUGAACAGAGGGCAGCAAAGACAAAUGUGAGAUAUCCCUAUAGGGCUUAAAUUAAUAUCCAGCAACUCCAAGUAUUAAUUUUAUAAUGUUUCUUAAUAAUCACUUGUAGUAGAAGGAAUAAAAAGGAAAUCGAAGUUUAAAAACUAAUUAUUUAACAAAAUUGAGACUAAGUUCCCCUUGCCUGUUUCAAAAGCCCGCUCCACCAAAGCCCCAACAGGAAGAUGAGAGCUAGAAGAGGGGCUACCCCAAAUUUAUAUCCUCCCUCUGUCAGCACAUAAUGUGAGGAGAGUGAGGUGCUGGGAAUUGUAGUUUUUAGGGUAACAGAUUCUAAUUCAAAUCUGGAGAUGGCAUUGAUAAGAGAGAGAGGUGGAUAAAAUAAUUUCCCUUGAGCUCAGGUCCAGAAUUCCAACAUCUGUGUCUUGCCAGAGUAUCCAUCUUUUCCAGACAGGGCUAGAGAACUGAGACAUUCUCUCCAUUCUUCUUUGUUCCACCUGCCAUGUGGGUACUUCCCCACCCAUGACCCCAUCUUCCUCCUAACCCACAUCAUUCUGACCUAUAAUAAUAGCUCACACUUAUGUAACAUUUUAAGGUUUACAAGGCAUUUUACUUUCACUGUUGUGAAAAUAGGUGGUAAAAGUUUUACCAUCCCCAUUUUGCAGAUAUAAAAACUGAGGCUGUGCAUCUCAUAAAUACUUCACCUGGGAGUCUACCUUUGGUCACCUGAUUCUAGGGUUGAGGUGCUCCUACUCUAAUACAUGGUCUUCCCAAGGCUAGAGUUUAUCUUUCUCAGAUUAUACAACUUGGGGAGAUGGAAAGAUGGCUCCCCAUGCACUACAGAAUAGGCACCUUAAUAUCUUUUAUAAUGUCUGCAGGCUCCUACUAUGGCAAACUCUACUAUGUGGUUCUUCCUGGAGAUGAUUCCUAGCAACAACAAAUUCCAACCUUGGCAUUCAAACUCUACAGGGACCAUAGGAUGAUGUGAUGGAGAGAACUCUGGAUUUGGAAUCCAAGAGCAUGGGGAACAAUUCCAGCUCCUAAGACUUGCUCUCUAUGGGACUUUAGACCAAUCACUUCUACUCUCUGAGGCUUUGUUUCCAUCUAACAUGAGGUGGUUGGACUGGAUAAUCCCUAGAGUGUCUUCCAGUUGUAAUUCCUGUGGUCUUAUGAGCGGCAUCUUGUUCCCGUUGUCUUUAGCCAAAUACAAGAUGGCAGCUUCCUAUCUGUUAUUGCCCAGCAAGAGAGCUCACUCCUCUUGCAAACUAGGAGAAGCCAUGAGAAUCGGGAUCAGGACUAUACAAGACACUCAGAUGGGCAAGGGCCAUGCUAGGUUUGUCUCCAAAAAAGUACUAUAACAGCUCAACUCGCCUUGAGCUGGAUGAAGCCUCAGGAGGGAUUGUGCCCAAAAGAGAAUGGGAUAAUUAUAUGGAAGGAGAAAGACCUGGGUUCCUUAAAUGCUAGCUUUGUGACCCUGGACAGGUGACUUUAUCUUGAAGUGCUGUCGGCAGCUCUCUAAGAUUACAAGUUUCAGAAAAGAUGUCAAUCUGUAUUGAUAAAAUAAGUUUCCUCCUUUGGGAGUUACCUUAUCAUUGAAUGCACAGAUUCUCUCCCUUUCCCUUUAUUGACUGAAAGAGUGGAAUGGAGGGCACCAGAGAAGGCUUGUUGGGUAAGUACUUCCUGGUUCCAUUGUCCUCCUCACCUUUAAUCAUCACAUGGCACACAGUAAUGUCCCUGUUUUACAGAGAAGGAAACUGAGGCACAGCAGAGCCUCACGUUGAGACAUAUGAAGUUAAGUGGCAGAGCUAGGAUGUGACCUCCAGAGAUCUGGACCUUGAAUCUGUUGCUUUCCCCAUUGACCUAUAUGGCAUCUUAUCCAGAGAAGGUUUGGGGGAAGAGACAGGAUUUUUACUGAAUUCUUUUAGAUUUUAUGUUUAAAAAAUAAACAACCCAACCCAAUCUCCAGUUUAUUUUUAGUUGAAAAUUGCAGGACUUCAUCAGAGAGGGAGAAGAGCCCUUGACUUUUUAAAUGCCCUUUCUAAAUAUACCCUAAAUUGUCUUUUUUUUUCCUGCUAUAAAAAACCCCAGUGCCACAGCCCUCUGUGGGUGUGCAGUAAUCCUACUGCCGUGCCCCCAGGAUAUUUGAAGGGCCCACUCACAGCUGUAGAACAGUGGAAUCAUUGUCACCCUCUCUCUGGGCUCUUUUGUGACUGGCAUCCCCCUCAGCAAGGGAGGGAGGGAGAGAGCAGAAAGCCUUGACUCAGCAGGCGGGGAACCAGCCCAAGGCGUCUGGCCUGAGGAAAAGUGGCUCCUGACAAAACUGACCCUGGGCUGGAGACCCAGACUCCAGCCUCAACCCCAGCCCUGGCACCAUUGUAGAUGCCCCCUUGGCCAUUGCUGAAAUCCCAGCUUCGCAGGCCUGGAAGAGAAUUCAAAGGCCAUCUAGCCCCUCUCCCUGAACCCAGAACUUUUCUAUAACAUCCCUAAUACAAGUUUAUUGGGCCUCUAUUUCAAGACCUCCAGGCACAGGAAAGCUGCUACCACCUCCCAUAGCAGCCCAUUUUCACUUGGAGUCAGGUGGAAAUUGGUUAGAAAGUUUUUCUUAUACUGGAUUGCAAUCUGCCUCUGCCUUUUCCACCCCAUCAUUUCUUCAGGCAAUUGUCUGGGCUCUCCUCACUAUCUGAAUAACCUUGGACAAGCCAUUUCCCUCUCAAGCUCGGUUCCCUCAUCUGUAAAAUAAGAAGGUUGGAUUAGAGGUCCUUUCCAGGUCCAAUUGCAUUUCUGUGAUUUCACAGGACAACUUUUCUUUCAAUAAUUAGAGAUAGCCUUCCCCAAUCUUUGAUUCUGCAGACUAAGUUGAGCCCAUUCCCUUCAUCCUCACAUGGCCCAGCCUCCAGAGUCUAAUUACUAUAAUAAUUGGUUUUGUUUUACAGAGCAUUUUAAGGUUUCUGAGGUACUUUACAUGCCUCCCCAUUUUACAGAUGAAGAAAGUAAGGCUCAGGGAGGUUGUGAUUCUCCAUGGACAUCUAGAAGCAGAAAUCUAGAUAUCUUCUUACUCCAAAUGUAGGGCUCUUUCCAAUAUACCACCACCAUCUUGGUUCCUCCAGACUUUGUCUCCCUGGUCCUCAUUUCCUUACGAAAUGAGGUGACUGAUCUCUAAGGUCCUUUCCAGUUCCAAAGUUCUAUGGCUGAAAUUCUGCUAUCAACCAGAUCCGAUCAGAAUCAGAAUCAUCCAUACAAUUUUCAUUUCCCCUAAUCUGUUAACAUUGUUCUUCAUAUGAUAUUAAUGUAUUUUUAUUCACCCUGGAACGAACCUCUUAAUUUUUAAUAACCUGUAUUCUCUCUCUUUUACCUUCCCCAUAUGUAAUCUGGUCGAAUGAGGGCAGCAGCCAUUAUACAAUUACAGCCGUGGGCCAGUGGAUAUUUGCAAGGCUAGUUUAAUGGCUGCUGGGAUCGGCUAUGACAACCAGCUGGUCAUUGUUGAGUUAUAGAUCUUGAUGCUGGCCCUGGUGGAUCAUCAGGCCAGCUGCGUCCUCUCCCCAUGACAGGUCAUUUCCAAUAGGGAGGGUGGGAGGAUCUUGACUUCUGGGAAACUGCUCCAGAGUCAAUCCUCCCAUUGACCAAUGGACUUAUAAUGUGAGUCCCUUUCCCUGUCCCUGCUUUUAGGAUCUUAAAGAAUGGAGACUAUAGAAAGUAGAUCUCUCCUUUUUUUCCCUCUCUCUCUCUCUCUCCUCUCUCUCUCUCUCUCUCUCUCUCUCCCCCCUCUUCCCCCCCAUUCUGUCUUCCUCCCUCUCCCUCUCCCUCCCCCUCCUCACACAUACACAGGUACCCUUGCUUGAGCAAAGGGAUCUUGAGGCAACUAGCAGCCUGAGGGAGGGGGAGAAGGGGUAACUCUACAAUUUUUAUUUUGAAGCCAACAACAGGGUAAGGGAAACCUAACUUUUAUUUAAUGUUUUUCUAAUAAAUUUUCAUUGGUAUCUUUUGUUUUUACAUCACCUAUGUUUUCUAAUAUAUGCCUCUCUGUAGCCCCUCCCAAAGAGCUUUCCUUUAUUACAAAGAAUAAAAAAGGGAAAAACUGUUCAUCAAAA